ACGGCGUGGGUUUCGGCCGCUCUCAGUGCCAAUUCGGAGGCGGUCGCGACGACAUCGAUGCCGGUCGGAACCGAGGCCAAGAAAGGCGUCAUGGGCCGCCUCAAGUCCAAGAUCUCGAGCAGCCUCGGACGCAAACAGCCAAAGGACGCGGCGAACGCGCUGACCAACCAAGGCAGCGCCUUGUCGCUCGCCGCCGACGACGAAGACGACGACGACGACGGUGACAUUGAGCACCACGACUCGGAGAUCGACUCCAAGGGCGACGAGGACCACCUUACGUCGUCCACGGAAGACGCGACCUCCAACAAUGAGCCGCCCGCCGAUGUGCUCGCCGACCUCGUCAUCGUGGGAAAAGCUCCAAUUGAGCCGUCGCUGGUGGCCCAGCCGCAGCAGGACGCAUCGGUGCCCCGGCCGUUCGCCGACGACGCACCACCGUCGCCGAUCAAACAGGCGCCGGCUUCGCCCAUGAAACGGGCACCGACGUCGCCGGCCAAGCGGCCGAUAGGCUCACCCAUGAAGCGGUCGACGGCGGCGCCGACAUCGCCCUUGUCCCGCCCAUUGGCCUCGCCUGCGAAGCGAGCGAUGGGAUCGCCUGCCAAGCGCACCAGCAUCCCGGGUGGCGACAGCCCCAACAUAGACGUGGCGCCUGUGGUCAAGGCCAAGAAGACCCGCGCGCCGUCGUUCCACGAGAACGCGCCGAUUCUCGCAUCCGCUUCGAUGGGCGAGGCGCCGCCGCCUGAGAAGAGCGGACCGACGCUGGCUGCCGAGACGUCGUCGUCGCUUGAAGCACCGCCUUUUGACGCCGGUGCCGCCAUCACGUCAACGUUUGGGGAACGCGUCGCGCGGCUACUUGGCGCCGACCCGUGGGGCGACCGUCAAGAUGGGUUUGACGCAAUUGGCAUCUUUGUCAAGAAGCUCGACGCGGCGGCACCGGCGUCGACGCUGAGUGCUGCGCUGGCGGCCAUCAACUGCGGCAUCGUCGACCGCGUCGCGCCCGUCAUGUACUGCGCGCUCGAGUGCCUCACGCACGUCCUCGCCGCCUUUGCGCCGCUCGUGAGCGCCAAGCCCAAGCGGUUUGCGUCCGUGCAUCCGCAGCUGCAGACAUUACUACAGUCGCUCCUCGUAAAGCUCAACGACUCGAACAAGCGCACGCAGCGCGAGGCGCUGCAUGGUAUUUUGCGGCUGCUCAAAGCGCCCAAGCUCCCGGCGCUGUCGCUGCUCAUGGCCACGUUCGAGGCCGAGCCACUGGACCGCCCGCGCCUCGAACUCAUUCACGACAUGGUGGUCGACCUCGGCUUUAGCGACGCGCUCACGACCGAGCGCGUGCUCGGCUGGACGAUCCCCGCCCUCAAAAUCGUCGAUGAAAAGACGCGCAAGCUGGCGUUGGACAUUGCGGCCACGGCCAUCGUGCGGUCGCCCGACUCUAAAGCCACGCUCGAGGGGCUCGUCGGCGUCAAGCCCGCGAUGCUCAAGGUGCUUUCACGCCGCGUCGACGAAAUCAAGGCAGAAGGGCCAAGCAACAACCACGCGGCGGCCGAGGUGCCGUCGGCACCCACGAUCGGCAACAAUGCGAGCAACAACAACAAUCAGCAAGCCGAGCCUGAGCCCGUGCUCAUCGAGGUGCCCCGGGAAGACGAUGCAGCCGUGCUGGCGAUGGUGGCCGCGGCCAUGGGCACCGCCGAGACCGUCGUCGGGCCUGUUGCGUGGCGCAAGCUCGAGAGCAAGACGUGGAGCGACCGGAAAGAGGCACUAAGCGACAUUGAAAAGGCCGUCGAUGAAAGCAAGUCGGACCUCCGCGACGUCAAGCCCACCGCGGGCAGCCCGACCCAAGGUCACUUUGUGGGCUAUGCCGCCGUCGUGCAUCACUGCCUCUAUGACUCGAUCGCACCGGUCAUCAAUGGCGCUAUCGACCUCUUCUCAACGCUCAUCAAGAUCUAUGGCCCGCACAUCGACUGGCGCGAUACGCUUGUCAAGGACUUGACCUUGCAGUGCAUUGGCCGCCUGCUCCGAGGCAUGCAAAAGCCCAACAACCGGACGUCGAAAGGCAGUUGCCGCUGCCUUCUCAAGCUCGCGCGCCUCAAUGUGCAUACGAUGCAAGGAGCCAUUGCGUGCGUCUUUCAUAAGGAGACGGACGCUCUAGUUCAAAUGCAUGUGCUUCGCCUCCUCGUGCCCGAGUUUGGCUUGACGACCGACGCCGACGCCGGUGCGCUGCAGCUGCACGCGUCCCUCGUGCUCGGUGCCGUCGCCAAGGCCCUCGCGCACUCGAACGAGAAGGUCCGACGCGCCGCCAUGGACGUUGCGCUCUGCAGCCAGCGCCUCAUUGGCAAGAGCCGCGUGCUCCAGCGCCUCGGCGAUGUCAAGCCCGCGACACUCAAGGAGCUGGAAAAAAACUUUGUGGACGUCGAGAUCUCUGACGGCCGACCGGCGACGGUCAACUCGCCUCCGACACCGGCGGAAAGCCUCGGGCUCGGUGGCCCCGAGAUGACGGCGUCCCGGCGCACGCUCUCGAGCGCGCCAGUGGCCGGCGGCAAGGCCGACGACGACGCAAGGGCGAUGGAGUGGACGCCACGGCCCGUCCCGAGCGUCCUUAGCAAUGAAGAAGAGAGCCUCAUGGACGACAUUCUCGGUCUCUGAGAUGCGAAAACGGACACGAACGUACUGCGUGUGUAUACUUAAAACGCAAUGAGCAACGUGAAUACAUAACCACAAGACUAUUCGACCAACAACACGAUGACAACUUGACCAAC